AUGUUUGCUGCCAGGGCUGCCGCUAAAUCCAGGAGCUGGAGGCUUCGUCUGCCUCUUUCGAGAGGCUUGCACGGGCUCCAGAGCUCCCCACAGAGCAAGUUUCUGAAGGUAUCGGAAGAGGUUCGUGAUGCAGUCGCAACUGGCAAGCCCGUCGUUGCCCUUGAGACCACUAUAUACACUCAUGGCUUUCCGUUCCCCGAGAAUAUUGCGCUGGCGAUGCUACUGGAAUCAGUUGUCCGAGCCAACGGUGGAGUCCCCGCAACAGUGGGUGUGCUCGGCGGUGUUGCCCGGGUUGGCAUGAAUGCAGAAGAGAUUGUUCAGCUGGCUUCAACUGUAGAGAACAAGUCGGCGAUGAAAGUCUCACGACGAGACCUCGGCUACAUCUGGAAAUCGAUUCACGGAGGAACCACAAUUUCCGGGACCAUGAUCCUUGCGGAGCUAGCUGGCAUCAGAAUCUUCGGAACCGGCGGACUAGGUGGUGUACACCGAGGGGGAGAGAACUCCAUGGAUAUCUCUGCCGAUCUCACGGAGCUGGGACGAACCCCGGUCACCGUGAUCAGCUCCGGAUGCAAGAGCUUUUUGGAUAUUCCCCGGACUCUGGAGUACCUAGAGACAGAGGGUGUCUGCGUCGGUACCUUCGCUGAUGGUCGUGAAGGCCCAGUCGAUUUCCCUGCAUUUUACACUCGAGAUAGUGGCUUCCGUAGCUCUCGAGUCAUCGAGAAUGAAGCCGAGGCUGCAGCCAUUAUUUAUGCGCAAUCAAAGCUACCCGUGUCUUCUGGUAUUCUCUUUGCCAACCCGGUGCCUUUAGAGCACUCCGUCCCCAAGGCUGAGAUAGAUCAUAUCAUUGAGGAAGCCAUUCGCCUUGCUGAGGUGGAAGGAUACAAGGGCAGCGAUAAUACUCCCUUUGUUCUAUCUAAGAUCAAGGAACUGAGUGGAGAUAAGAGCGUUACUGCAAAUAGGGCUUUGGUUGAGUCUAACGUGAAGCGCGCUACUCGCGUAGCCGUGGAAUUAGCUAAAAUGGAGGAACUUGACCGGGGAUCUGGGUCUCGUACAAUGCCUGCAAGCUUAAGCCCUAGUCUACUGGAACAAACAGCCCCGAAGCAAAGUGCUGUCGAGACAUCCGAGCCAGCCGUGGCGCCUCUCGAGCAAGCAGACAUUCUAGUUGCCGGUUCACUCGCAAUAGACCUUGCUUGUGACUUUGCGCCCUUCUCCGAAGAUCGCACCCAAGUUGCCCCCGUCCCACACACUUCUAACCCGGCCGCUAUCGGGCAAAGUCUCGGGGGUGUCGGCCAUAAUGUUGCCCUGGCAGCAAGUUAUGUCGGCAGCAAAGUCCUCUUCUGCAGUGUUGUGGCAGACGAUCUCAGUGGCCGCGCAGCCCUAUCCUCCCUCGAAAAAGAAGGCCUUAGUUCCACGGGCGUUCAAACCCUCCCAGGGUCAUCCGGUGCACGUACAGCACAAUACAUCGCCGUCAACGACACGAAGAGAGACCUAGUCGUUGCCAUGGCCGAUAUGGGAAUCGUCGAACUACCCAACGAGCAACUUGAUGUCGACGGGUUCUGGGGCCCACUCCUCGAAAAGACCAAGCCUAAAUGGGUCGUCCUGGAUGCGAAUUGGCGGCCCGACGUCCUCGCGAAAUGGGCUUCACUUGCCAAAAAGCACGGCGCCCGCGUAGCCUUCGAGCCUGUCUCAACUGCCAAGUCCAGCCGUCUAUUCGGCCGCGGUGGUGGGACCGACGUGGCUAUAGGCCCUGCGCGCACAAUCCCCGACAAUGCAAUCAGCCUUGCGUGCCCCAACCGGCUGGAGCUGACUGCUAUGUAUUCCGCGGCCCGCGAGGCCCUUCUGUUCGAGUCCCCGGGCUGGUGGUAUAUCAUCGAUGCCAUGGGUCUGUCGUCAAGCGGCUCCCGCGAAAAGCUCGUCUAUCUUACUUCUGCAGCACUGGUUGACGAGGGUCUGCCCCAGCAGUCUAUCCAGCUUCUUCCGUUUAUUCCGUGCAUUGUGACAAAGCUUGGCGCCGAUGGUGUCCUUCUCACUCAGUUGCUGCCUCCGGGAGACCAGCGCUUAACGAACCCUGCUUAUGCCCAGUAUAUUCUCUCGCGGGCUUCGUCUACCGAGUCACUUUUCGGUGGUACUGUUCCUCCGGAAGCCACGUUAACGCCUGAGGAUGUGGUAAGCGUCAAUGGUGCCGGAGAUACUCUGCUAGGUGUCCUCGUUGCGGGCCUUGCCAAGGGAGAUCAAAAGCUGUCUAUUGAGAACAUCAUUCCGGUUGCACAAGAGGCAAGUCGGAAAACAAUUACAAGUAGCGGGGGCGUCAGCUCUGAACUGCGUGGUUUGCGCAAUCGGCUACUUCUGUAA